UGGAGUUACAUCAAUAGAGGAGGCAUUUAUGCCAGUGAUUGCUGCAUCAGUACUCGUUCACAUGCCAUAACUAAUAUGAAUUUUAAAUUUUUAUUAAAUUUUCAUCAAUUGGGACCAUUUUCUUUUGUUGCAGUAUGUCAUCGCUCACAGCUACUAUUAGUAGUAAUAAUGAAGUAAAGCUAUAUUUUUAUGGUAAUCUGUUGUCUUAUUUCGUACAAAGAUUUGAGACUGGAGAUACUUUAGAACUCUUUAAUCACAUUCAGAGUUAUAAAUCUCAUCAAAUUCUCUUUCUAAAUUUGCUUUUUGUUUUUGAAGUUGAAAAUAGUAAUGAAUACUAUUAGGCUUAUAAAGUAUUUGGAAAACCACUUUUGUCUUUUGUAGAUAGAUAAAGAAGGCAUUUAGUUUACUUGCAAAGUUAUUAUAAUAAAACUUGUUGAAAAACCUGAUGAUGGAAAACCAAUACCUAUUAGGAGAAAAUCAAUAUCUCCUUAGAGAAAAAAUGAACUUUUGUACAUUUUCGAUUUUCAUAUUUUUUUUUUUAUAAAAGUACUAAAUAAGUCCUCAAGUAGUGUAUGGAUGACUAUGAGUUCACUUAUGACUUACAAAGUAUUUAUGCCUCCAAAAAUGAACACACAAGAGAGUGGUCUUUUCAUUUUGACAAUUUACAAAAAAGUACUUUAUAAUUUAUUAUAAUAUUGACUUUAAUUCAAUUAUUACCAAGUAACUUAACAUUUAUUAAUAUGUUAAUAUUAUUUCUUCUUCUAGUUAAAGAUGAUGAACAAAAAAAAUAUUCACAUAGUGUGAAAAGUUUAUCAGCUUUUUGAAGACAAUCAAUCAAAAGGCCAAAAUUAAGCAAUUUACAACAUUAGACUUUGAAUUUGAAUACUUUUAUAAAUGCAUUCGGCUUGUUGGUUUUGGUAAGUGUAAGUAUUGUUAAUUCAAGUGAAUCAAAUUUUAAUUGUUCUUCAUUUUUUACAAUGAAAAUAUUGGGAAGUGAGUUAUGGUGUGAUAAAAAUACUCAAAUUCAAAGUCUAAUGUUGUAAAUCACUUAAUCUUGGCUUUUGAUUGAUUGUCUUCAAAAAACUAAUAAGCUUUUCACACCUAUGUGAAUAUUUCUUUUGUUCAUCAUCUUUAACUAGAAGACGAAAUAAUACCAACAUAUUAAUAAAGACUAACUUACUUG